AAACAAGAAUCUACGUGUAAUCUCGAAAGAAGAAACAAAUGAGACACUGGUCUUGUCAGCUGAUUCUAGGAAAUCAGUGAGAUCUUUUCUGGAGGCACCCUGGUACUUGCCACGGUCCGAUGGACUGGCGUAAUGAGGACUCCGAUUAUUCAAGCGUUGAAAAUUUUAUGUGGGAGGACAAGACCACGUUGGCCAAAUCCAGAAGCGAUCAAAGCAUUCCUGGAGGCUGCAACGUCUGCAGCCAAGGAGUGCAAGUUACUUUGGGAGGAUGCAGAGAAUCCAGAAGUUUUACAUCCGCUUUCGAUCGAUUAGAAUUGGGUACUGGUGCAGAAUCGAAGGAGAACAUGUUACCGUUGACUGAGACUCAGGAUGCUCAGACAUGUCCUUGUGCAGGAUGUUUGGAACGUCACGCGCCUGUCACAGGAUUCAGAACUCGAGAGAUAUCCUCAUUGCGCCUUGUCAUUCAAGGACCUGAAAUACUAAACUAUCAAGGUAUCAGGCAAGCUCCCGAAGAUGUGGCUCCUUAUUGGAAAAAGGAUUCGCGUAUGUGGCUUUGGAAAUCUGUUAGACUUGCUCGUAGAAAACGAAUAAAACAAAAAUCUCCAGCAAUUCUUCGAUCGUGGAGUCAUGACCAGGAAUCAAUCAAAUAAUAAUUUUGAUAUUAUCCUUUUUUUGUAGUUUUAUGCAAAUUAAUUUUCUGCGAACUCUUAAAAUUGCCAUAAAUUUAUUUGU